UCUUAACUUUUAUUAAGAAAAACUAGACUUCGAUGUCUAAAAAUUUAUGGGAGUUACUAAACUUUGGAGUAUUCUUGAAGAAGUGUCAAGAUUUGUUAAGUUAGAGAGUCUUUCUGGUAAAGUUUUAGCAGUAGAUGCAUCUAUAUGGAUGUACCAAUUUCUUAAAGGAUUUAGAGAUAAAGAAGGGAAUUUUAUUAAGAAUGGACAUAUUAUUGGUUUUUUUCGAAGAAUAUGUAAGCUAUUAUUUUAUGGGAUUAAGCCGGUCUUUGUUUUUGAUGGGAGUGUAUCAGUUCUUAAGGAGAAUGUUAUUAAAAAAAGAGCAGAAAAAAGGCAUAAAUAUGAUGAAAAUUCGGAAAAACUGGCAGAAAAGAUAUUUUUAUUACAAAUGAAGAAAACUAUACAAGAAGAUCAAUAUAAGAAAAGGCAGAGUAAAAUGAAAAAAUCGCCAUAUUUUGAAGAUAUAGAGGGAUUAUCUAAAGAUAUUGAAAUUAUACGUAAAAAUGAGAAUAAAGAUAUUUAUAAUCUUCCUAAUCUUGAUAUAUCUUUUGAAGAAAUUCAACAGUCAGAUGAUUUUAGAAUGACAAAUAAGAGGGAUAUAGAAGAAUCUAUACAAAACUUUACGAAUGAUGAUCUUAAUUUGUUAGAUUUUUCGAAAAUUGAUUAUGAUUCUGAUUUUUUUAAGUCUUUAUUACCGGCUGAUCAAUAUAAUAUCUUAAGUAUAGCUCGUCUAAGAUCGAGGCUUCGUAUGGGACUAGGAGCAGAUGAACUUAUGACGAUGUUUUCUAAUUCUAUGGAAUUUUCUAAGUUUCAAAUUACUAGAGUUAAAGAAAGAAAUGAUCUAACUCAAAGAUUACUUAAUUUCAAUGAAAUAAACAAAAUGGGGGCUUUAAGGGUUGUUGGAGAACCGAAUAGAGAAUAUUUAUUGGUAAAAGAUGAAAAUAACAAAACAGGUUGGGUUUUAAAUUUUGAUUCAAAAAAUAAAAAAGAUGUUAUUGUUAUUGAUGAUGAAAAUCAUGAUUCCACACAUGAAGAUGAAGAGUUUGAGGAUAUACCUUUAUAUAAUAUAAAUUCAUCACCCAUAGAAAAUAUAGGUGAUUUUUUAAUUCAUGAUUCUAAAGAAGAGAUUUUAGAAAAAACUAGUAACUCAUUAAUUAAUUGUCAAUCAUAUAAUAUGAAAAAUGAACCAUUGUUUUUAGAACCUGAUGAUUUUGAUAUUGAUUUAGAAUCUAAUGAACAUGUUAUAAAAAUGAAAGGAAAUGAUAAAGAAAAUGAGCAUUUGAAAAAUAAUGAAUUUAAAGAUGAAUUAAAGUCGAGUAAUAUAUAUAUUAAAUCUAUUCCUAAUUCAGAAGAAAAUAGAGUUAAGUCUAGAAGACUGAAAUCUAAUAACAAAUUAUCUUUACCUCAAUUUGAUAUUUUAUCAAAGUCUAAUGAAAAUUCAGAAGCUCUUGAGAAAACGAAGGAUUUAGCACCUAAAGAGGAAAUUUCAAAAUUAGAUCAAAACGUUGAGUCCUUAUCUAAUUUAGAGAAAAUUGGGCAUAUUUUAGAUUUAUCAAAACAAAAUUUUGGAUCUAAAGUGCCAACUCAGAAUCUAUUAGAUAAUACUAUUUUUCUAGAGGAAAAUAUUGAAGAACCACAAGAGGUGCAUGAAUUUCCUAGUAAAAAGGAAUCUUCUGCAUUAUUUACUGAUAUUUCAACUCCUAAUGAAAAUUCAGUCUUUUCAAAUAAGUCUAAAGUUUAUAGUUAUUUUGUUCAUGAAAACGUUAGUCAUGAAGAUAGCUCAAAAAAGGCACUUGAUGUUAAAAUUGAUUUGGAAUCUAUUGAGAAUAUUCCUGUUAAAAACACGUCUAUAAAAGAAAUUAAUUCAGAGCCUGAUAAAUUUAUAUCUUCAUCUAUUCCUGUGAUUGAUAAUUGCUCUGAAAUGGAAUUAAUUAUGGAUAAUUAUUCUGAUUCAUCUAAUAAAAAUCAAGAAGAAAGUAAAAUCGAUACUGAUUCUAUUCAUAACAUCUCUGACAUAGAUGAGUAUGAUGAUUAUAAUUCAGGUUUAGAAAAUGAUACAUUAACAAAGCAGCUUCUUGAAGAAAAUGAUGAGCAUAAUCGUUUUUUUUCUGAGUUAAAUAAAACAAAUAGCUCCACUGAAAGUAAUAUUGAAGAAGAUUUAGAUCUGCUUAUGAAUAAGUAUCGAAAAACUAAGAAAAAUGCAGAUAGCGUUACACAAAUAAUGAUAGAGGAGUGCCAAAAUCUUUUAAAGUUAUUUGGAAUACCUUAUAUUAUUGCACCCACAGAAGCAGAGGCCCAGUGUGCAGAACUUCUUAAAUUGGGACUUGUAGAUGGAAUUAUAACUGACGAUUCGGAUGUAUUUCUUUUUGGUGGUACUAAAGUUUAUAAAAAUAUGUUUAAUAACUCAAAAUAUGUUGAAUUAUAUCUUUUAUCUGAUUUAGAAAGGGAAUUUAAUUUGGGAAGAAAAAAUUUAAUUCGUCUUGCUCAUCUUCUUGGAAGUGAUUAUACUGAAGGCAUUCCAAAAAUUGGUCCUGUUACUGCUCUUGAAAUUUUGUCUGAUUUUCCCAAUUCAGACAGCUUAAAUGAUUUUAAAGAAUGGUGUUGUCGUGUAAAAGAUUCUAAGGAAACUCAGGAUGAUAAAACAUCAAAGUUUAGAUAUAGAUUUAGAAAAAAUAUUUACAAUAUACUUUUGCCAAAAGAUUUUCCGAAUCCACUAGUUGACAAGGCAUAUCUUGAGCCUAAGGUUGAUUCAAAUUUUGAAACCUUUGAAUGGGGAAUUCCUGACUUAGAUAAUUUAAGAGAUUUUUUAGUAUCUACAAUAGGAUGGCCUUUACAAAAAAUUAAUGAAAUGAUUAUUCCUGUUAUUAGAAAUAUGAAUCUUAAACGCAUGAAUAAGGUUCAAACAGUUUUGACAGAUUAUUGGUUUACUGGCUCUAAUACAUUUAUUUCAAAACCCAAAGCAUCUAAUAAAGCUACUAGAUUUACUAAAGCUUUAAAUAAUUUAAGAUCUUGCAAAACAACAUAUGAUCAAUGUAAAAUACGGAAUUCUGAACCAACAUUGAAUGGAAAUAUUGUAAACGCAUCUAAAAAUUCUUUAGAAUUUGGAAAUAGUCUCAUAAAUAUUAAAAAAAAGGAUUUUGAUAAUACUAAUAAAAACAUUAAUUAUACAUUUGAUAAUGCUAAUGGCUUUUCUGAUAAUUCAAGCAUAACAGAUACCCGAAAACAUAAAAAAGACAAAUUUUUAAAUUUAUCUCAAGAUUUAAAUAAAAGAAAAUAUAUAUCCAAGAAUAUAAAAAGAAAGCGACGAAAUAUUGGUUGAUUUAUGAUGAAGUUUUAAUUUUAUUCAAAAAAAAUAAAAUUAAUA